GAGCUCAUAACUCCUAAGAAUCUUGCUAAGCACAACCUCGGCCCCAAGGUGCCAAAGGAGCUUCCUAGCCCAACAGAUCUGUCUUCUAUGGCCCCUGAAAAAGACUUGGUGAAAGAGGCAAUGGCCAUAAGAAAAGAGUUUAGGAAGGGCGGCGGGUCUAGGACCAACAAAAAAAGGCGCUUGGUGACGGUUGGCGAGACUGAUCUACUUCUUAGCACUGACCUCCCUUUGUCUAAUGAGGUCAAUCCCAUGGACCGUCCUCCAACUUAG